AUGGAAGCAUUUAUGAAAUAUUUGAGAGCGAGCGAUCCAUUUGCGAUUGAUGUUCUUUCUAGGAAUGUGAAGCAAAUAUUUGACAUUUUGUUUGUUGACUAUGAAAAGGUUUAAGCUGAGUACUUGGCUAUCUAUAGCGACUUGAUUACUAAGAUCUUUGAGAUUAUUGACAUGAAAUUAGAGCCUCUAAUGAAAUAAAUAGAAGUUAUUUGGGAAGUUAUAUUUGAUUUGAGAUGGAGAAAGACAGCACCAGAUACUUAAUGGGGAAUAGCUCACAGAUUAUUAGAGUUGAUGAAGGAAAGAGACAAGAAAUUCGUGAUUGAUCAAUUUCAAAGACCUAACUUUCUUGUUUCCUUUCUCCCGUUUAUACAUGUUAAUAGCGUUGCUUAGAUCAUAAUAAUCUUUUAUGAGUUUGGGUUUAACUAAUAAUAACUUGAUUUUUUAAAAGCAGGUUUUGUCAUAUUUUAAAAUUUUGAUUCUUUUAGUGCUAUCAAUUUUACCUUCAUUGUUCAUGAAAUAAUGAUUAGAAACAUAAAUGAUGCUCAAGUAUCAUCUAUCAUAAAAGGAGAAAUUCAAAAGAAAAUGCUUUCUAUAAUUGUUCGGGAUGAAAUCAAUCAUAUUACAAAGAAGAAUGCUGCUCAUAUUUUAUCAUUAGUAUCGAAUUAUUAUUCAAUGAAUAUGUAGAAUAUCUAAUUGGAAGAACCAGAGACUUAAGAAAUUAUAUAAAAUUUUAGAAAUACUGAAUUCUUUUAGUCUUUUGAUGUUUAAAUAAUAGCAUUAGCUUUGAAUCAAUCACUAUUAUAUUAAACUAAGGUUGGCUUAUUGAACAUUAAGUUGGUUGAAAUUGUUGAUAAUUUAGUCAGAAUCACAGAUAUCUAAUUAUGGGAAAGGGUUGACAAGGCAAAUAUCAUGGAAUUGAUAUUUAGUUUAAUGCAUAAAUUUAAUAAAUCAGAUAUCUUUAUAUCUUAUGUGAACAACAUGAUUUAGUUCAUUUUUGAUAGGGCAUUAAACGACUACCAUCCAUAUUGGGCAUCCAAACUAAUAUUAAAGAAUAAAAUACAUGAAAAACAUCAUAGAUAAAUAGACAAUUAAAUUUAUUAAUUUGAAUAAAAAUUGUCCCUUAAGUUAAUUAAGGAUGGAGAUUUCUUGCCAUACUUUGACUAUUUGAAAUAGAUAGAAGAAUAAUUGAUGGUUUCUCAUAAUUGGAGAACAUUGAAGGUACAUUAAAUGAAACUAGAGGAACGACAUAAGAAUAAAUUAGGAGAAGAUCCUAGCAGUCCUUAAUUUGAAGAAAGGUUUAUUGUAUCAGCCCUGGAUGUAGAGGAAGCCAAAUAUUUAGAAGAAGAUGGAAUUGAUGAAUAAACUAACAAUAUAUUUAUUAAUUGUUAGAGUAACUCAACUCCAAAAUAAAAUUAUCUAGAAAUAACUCAAAAUAAAUUCGAAACCAUCCCAAUUUAAAAUGCAGAUUCAGAAUCUAAUUCAGAAUCAUAUAUUAGUGAGAGUGAAGAAUUCAAAGAGAAAAAGAAUAUUUAGGAUAAGAACGAUGAAAACUCAUAUAAUACUUUAAAUGAAUUUGAAUUGGUUUUGUAAGAUAUGGGUUAUUAUACAGAUUACUCAAACAAAUUAUCCUACUCUGAUCCAUUAGAUAAUAAGGAAAUGAAGGAUAGAGCUCUAUCCAAUUCGUUUAAUAAGGUCAAAUAAUAAAACAACGCUAUGGCCAUUUCACUAAAUCAUGAAUGUGAUAUUCCUCCUUAAGUACCUUAAAGGAGAAGUUCACUAUAGCUAGUUUCUAACGUUAAGAAAUUAAAUAAAGAUUUCGAAGAAUUUCAUAUUGAUUACUUAAAUAAUCGAAAAAUUCUCAAAACAAAUGAUAAUCACAUUUUAAAAGUUGAUGAGAUUGAUCUUUAAAAAGACUCGCCUUAAAAAUUAAUGGAAGUUGUUUUUUAAAAAUAAAAUAAUGAGAUUGUAUUCAGAACAAAACUUAUAGAGUAAUCAAAUUUUGAAAAAAAUUUAGGAAAUAAGAUCGAAAAAGUUGAAGAUAUAAAGUUUAGAUAAAUUUAAGAAAAGGAUUUACAUUUUCUAGAAUUUUUAAAUAAUUAGGAAUGA